AUGUCUACGAUUAUUGAUGAUUUCAUUUUCGCAACAGACUUCAACCUGUUCCGAGCAAACAAGAACAAAUGUGAAGAGUACCUUACGGAACUUAAGAAAAAAUUUUCCAAGCAACAACCAGAGGAGUAUUAUAACGACCUUUUUUCUGCUCUUCAACAACGGGGCUCACAAUGCUCCUCACAAGAAGAGAUUGCGUUUGUCAUGGACCAAAUAGUAAGAAUUAUUAAACACCCCCACACAGUUUUUCCUUUUCACGUCGUUCAAUAUUUUUAUCAGUAUCUUGGGAUUGUAAAUCGAGACGAUAAGCCCGAUUAUCAAAUUGGGUUUUUCCUCAAAUCUUUAACGGAUGAUAAUUUCAUAUUUGGAGAUGGGUGGUUGUUGUGGAUUUGCCCCCAAGUGAAUGCCAUGUUUUGGGAAAGGUACAUUGUUUUUUAUGUCAACUCCACUUUGUGGAACAGCGUCUUUUUGACGCGACUUCAAAAAAUCAUCCAAACGUGUUUGGCACAUUUUAAAAAGCCACUGAAAGAUGUGAGCCUGGGAUUAGUGAUAAUUUCCGGGUUCUUUGUUUUUGAGGAAUCUGCUUUAAACGAUUUGCUUAAUGACAGACUCAAUAUCAAUUCUUUUUACAAAGAAAAUAAAUGUAAAUAUUCUAUGAAGAAAACAAAGGUGUACACUUCACAGUUAUUUCCAAAAACUUUUCUUCCCAUCAAAAGUCCGAACAAUCAAGUUUAUGAAUAUUCCUUUUCAGAUAAAAGUUCUAUUUGCAGUUAUAGUAUUGAUCUUUACAAAACGUUGAUCAGUUUAGAAACGGACUUUUCGGAGGAGAUGAUUGGAGUGUUGCUGAUGUUCCCAUCUUUCAAACUGGAGAAUGCCAACUACAACGACAACAUCUUUAGAAACUCGUAUAUAUUUCUCAAUUACUAUAUUUGCAAUACUAUAUCAGAUGUGGUCCAAGUCGAGUUGUAUUAUGAAAUCGAGAACUUUUGUACUUGUAACAAGAUCAAGUUUCCAACAAAGAAUGUCGUUUUCGAGGGGUUUGAACAAAGUUGUCCACAUGUUGAAGAAAUUUCAACAAUUGACAAUACCAAGUCCGAAGACCAAGAUGGACCAGAGAAUCUGACACAAGAAGUUAAAUACAAAGAAACUGAAAAGGUUUCUUUUAAACAAGAAAAGGAAAUCAGUCCAUAUGAAAGAAAGAUAUUAAAAUACUUUGAAAGUAAAGACCCAUUAGAACUGGCCACAAACAAUUUGAUUGUAUCAAUCUUCCAUGAACAAAAUGACAGUACAACAAGUUUGAUCUUAGACUUUUUGGUGAGAUAUGCAAAGACAAAAGACAUCGCAUCAUAUGGAAACAAAUUAAUUGGAGAAUUGUAUUCAACGUUUAUGAAUCAAAACUUAUAUUAUGAAGAAAAAACACGCAAAAUGAUGUGUUCGAUGUUCAGUUCGCUUAUUUCACGUUUGAAAAUAACCGUGCCAAAAGAUGUCGUGCAGUUCAUUCAAAACACUUUUAAAGUAACUUUAACACCAAACGAUCAAGUCACUUAUGCAACAAGAGAAGAAACAUCAGAAAUGAUGUUCACGUAUAUCAAACAAUUUGGAAUUGACUCAAAUGAGUGCUGCUGGGAAAUUGGAGUAUUGUUGGAUAAUAUCAUGUCGACACCAAAUUUGAAGAUCCUUGUAACUGCAAGAAACGACACGCCACUUCGUAAGAAUAAAUGUGUUGGUCUCACUAAUUGUGGUAAUACGUGUUUUGUGAAUUCAGUCAUGCAAAGCAUUUUUAUGUGUCGCAAACUUCGUCAAGACAUUGAAAAUGCAUUUAAAAACACUGCGUGCACCAUUGGAAAAGUACUCAGUCUACUUUCAGCCCGGACCACAACAGUAGAAAUGCUGCCGUACUACGAAAAGCUCCGAGAUGAUCCUUUUGAUGGGAGUCAAGACUGUGUCUAUAUCUUUUUGACACAAUUAUUGAAUAAAAUGGAACAAGAGAACCCACAGCUUGUUAGGACAUACUUUAGUGUGACAUUGAAUCACGAAGAAGUGUGUCAAAACUGUCAUAAAGUGUCAAUAAUCAAGGAUCAACCUAAUUACGCAUUUGCAACACCUCUUGUAGACGUCGCACAUACAGUCGAUUAUAUUCUUCAACAACAAGAUGACACGCAACGAACGUGUCCUCAUUGUAAUGGUAUAACUCACAAUCAACGAUGUUAUUACACGAAUGAAGGUGCGGUUUUUGUGAUUUGGUUCAAGCGUGUGCAAGUCAGAAAUGGUGAGAUGUACAAAGACCCCAAACCUGUUGUUAUUGAGAUGGAAAUUGAAGUUAACGAUACAAUGUACUUUUUAAUGGCGGUUAUAAGACACGUUGGAAAUGUCAAUGGUGGACAUUAUACGUGUGUUGGUCGACUUGGAGAUGAUGAGUGGUAUAUGCUUAGUGAUACUUAUACAUCCAAAUUUGAUUUUAACACCAACUUGAAAGAUAUUGAAAAUGAUGCAGUGAUGCUCUUUUAUAUCAAAGCUGAAGAUAUAGGAUUUGACGCAGUUGAUAAUAGCAUCAACUCAAUUGCUUAUUACAAACACUUAUUCGACUCUACCCACUUCCUUGAUAUCGUCAAGAUGUUUAAAGACAAAUACCCAACUCUCGAACACUUACACAACAUAGAAAACUUUUAA